AUGAAAACUGCUGUGGAAAACAAAGAAAAACCCCGUAUCAGUGUUGAUGACGAUAUGGUUCUGGAUGAUGCAUUCGGGGAGAAUUUAUCCGAUACCAACUUAGCUGGCAAGGAUACCCAAAUCUCAGAGAGUUUCAGGGAUGAUAUAGUACAAUCCAAGCAGACGGGUUCCGAAGAGAUUGAUGUUUCAGUUGCUAAUGACUCUCAUGACUUGGCAACUGAAACAAUUGGAGAGGGAACUUACGAAGAAGCUCUCGGUAAUGAACUGGCGGAUUUUGAUGAAAACACGCAGCCUGUAAGCAUCACACAGGAAAGUAGUGCAUCGAGAAGGCAGCGGAGGAUGGUGAUCGACUUUGAGGAUGAUGAGGAAUAACCUCCUCAGUGACCAUAUCUGAACUGUGUAUAGCUAAUUAUCAAAUGCUGCAAAUAGGUAGAAUUCAAAAUGUAGAGCCUUCUUUAUUCAACUAUAACGCAAGCCAUGUCAAGAUAUGGCUUUGUUUCCAAUGGUUAUGCUUUGGCAUGUGUUCUCUGUUCCA